AGCUGGCUAACUUAGCAAAGUGGUUAUUGUUGGGUCUUUUCAUUCUGUGUGUUCAAAUCCAUGGAAACAAUGGUUGCUUUGAAGUAGAGAGAUUGGGUCUCUUAGAUUUGAAGGCAUCUAUUGGAUCAGAUGGGUUUGACGCUGAUCAUCCUUUUUCUUCAUGGGUUGAUGAUUCGCUCAGUGAUUGUUGUAAAUGGGAGCGUGUCACAUGCAAUUUCACCACUGGUCACGUGGUUGAUCUCUCCUUCAACAAUUUAAGACAAUACGAGGAAAAUAUUUGGUUUCUAAAUCUUUCCAUGUUUGAGUCAUUUAAGGAGUUAAGAAGUCUUAAUUUAUCCUAUAGUGGAAUGGGUGGUUUGAUUAAUGAGAAAGGUUCUGAUGGAUUGAAGAAGCUAGAAAUCUUAGAUCUUAGUCAUAAUUAUUUAAAUAAUAGCAUCUUACUAUCAAUGACUACUCUUCCAUCGCUUACGACUUUAAUUCUUAACGGAAACAAUAUGAGAGGUUCCUUCCCUAGCAAAGGUUUUGAAAGAUUAGAGGUGUUGGACUUAGGUUAUAGUAGCUUCAGUAGUAGUAACUUAUCAACAUUGGGCACUACUCUUUCAUCUCUUAAGCAAUUGAUUCUUAGUGGGAAUUAUAUGGAAGGUUCCUUCCCUAUACAAGAAUUUAGUAAGCUCAAGAACUUGGAAGUCUUGGAUGUGAGUUGGAAUUCCUUCAACAAUACCAUACCAAUUCAAGGUAAACUUCAUAUCACAUUCCUACUUCAAUGUUGGAAUGGGAUAAUAGCCUAUAUUUACAUGUAUAUACACUCAGCUAAAAUUCAAAGCUCCACAGAUUCUAUAAAAUUCUUCAAGUUUAGCAAAUUGAAGUACUUGGAUAUGUCCCAGAAUAACUUCAACGCUGAUAUAUUGAGCUUCUCAAGCAAAUUUUCUUCGGUUGAAAUUCUAGACUUGUCAUCUAAUAAUUUGGAAGGGCCACUUCCAGACCAAGACUUAUUUCAACUUAAAAAUUUAACGGUUCUCAGUUUUAAUGGGAACAGAUUGAAUGGAAGUCUGCCAAUACGUGGUUUGUGCAGCUUGACAAAACUUCAAGAGUUAGAUCUCAGCCAUAAUGAUUUUGGAGGCAGUCUUCUUCCAUGCCUACAAAAUUUUACAUCUCUGAGAUUUUUAGAUCUGUCCGGGAACCAAUUCACAGGGCACAUUCCUUCAUCUUGGUUAGCCAGCCUCCACUCUCUGAAAUUUAUUGAUCUCAGCUUCAAUCUUUUUGAGGGCCAAUUUUCAUUCAAUGCAUUUGCUGACAAUUCCAACCUUGAUGUGGUUAAAUUCGCAAGUGAUAACAACCAAUUUGAGGUUGUGAGUAAAUACCCUGGUUGGAUUCCAUCAUUCCAGUUGAAAGUUCUUGUCUUGCAAAAUUGUGCCCUUGACAGUAUUCCUGAGUUUCUCUUUCACCAGUUCAAAUUGAAAGCCAUCGACUUCGCUAACAACAAAAUAAAAGGAAGUUUUCCCAUGUGGUUGCUUGAGAACAAUACAGAACUGGACAUUCUGACUCUUAGGAAUAACAGUUUCAAGGGUCAAAUACACAUGCCAACCUACACUAACUUCAAUAUUACCGAGUUUGAUGUUUCAGACAAUCAAUUUGUUGGGCAGCUUCAAGAUAUUGGUGGACAGAUAUUUCCCAACAUGAAGUUUCUCAAUUUGUCCAAAAAUGGCUUUCAAGGUGAUUUUCGUUUCUCACCUGGCUACAACUGCAAAUUGAUAAGUUUGGAUUUGUCUUUUAACAACUUCUCUGGAGAUGUACCAGAACCACUGAUUUCAAGUUGCACCUCUUUGGAAGUUCUAAGGUUAUCGAGUAAUAACUUUCAUGGUCAAAUAUUCACCGCUCGAUUUAAACUUACUUCAUUAAAUAUUUUGCAAUUGAAUGAUAAUCAAUUCGAGGGAACUCUAUCAAGUUUAGUCUUUCAGAUUCCUACAUUGUACAUGUUAGAUCUUAGCAACAACAGCUUUCAUGGUGAGAUUCCACUCUGGACGAAUCACAUGGUACAAGCGUCUUAUGUAGACCUUUCUCAAAAUCACUUUAAAGGUCAGAUUUCAUGUGAAAUUUUGUUAGCUGGAAGUCACGUAGACCUUUCUCACAACUAUCUUUCUGGAUCAUUACCUUCUUGCUUUAACGUACAACAUAUAUUGUAUCUAGGAGGUCCUCUACAUGUGAAUUUGCAAGGUAAUAGAUUGACUGGAGCAAUACCAGAAGCUUUUCUCAAUUCUUCAUAUUUGUUGACAUUAAACUUGAGAGAUAACGAGUUAUCCGGUAGCCUUCCCAAUAAAUUUGUUACAUUUCCAAAUUUACGGGUUCUUUUAUUAGGAGGAAAUCAUUUAAAUGGCUCCAUUCCAAGUGGUUUGUGCCAACUGAAUAAAAUCAGCUUAUUGGAUCUUUCAAGGAAUUAUUUUUCUGGGUCCAUACCCCACUGUUUGUAUAAUCUCUCCUUUGGAAACAAUAAUUGGCCUAAUGAUCAGUUCAGCUUGCCAACUGGGCUUUGGACCGAAACAGACAAUGUUUAUAGUGAAAGUCUCCUACACAUGGAGGAGUACUCCAUCGGUUAUGAUAUUCGCACCUUCAAGGUUGAAGAAGUUGAGUUUGUCACAAAACAUAUGAAGUAUGCCUUUAAGGGUGACAUUCUCAACUAUUUGUUUGGACUAGAUUUGUCAGAUAACAAUCUUGAAGGUCAGAUUCCAUACCAGCUAGGAAAGCUAUCUCAACUUCGUGCCUUAAACUUAUCCCACAAUUGCUUGACAGGAUCCAUUCCAGCAUCUUUGUCAAACCUUACUCAAUUAGAAAGCUUCGACCUCUCUCAUAACAAAUUAAGCGGACAGAUUCCUUCACAAUUGAUAGCUUUACACUUUCUAGCAGUAUUUUCUGUUGCCUACAAUAAUUUAUCAGGCAAGAUUCCAGAUAUGAAGGGGCAGUUUAGCACAUUUGACAACACCAGCUACGAAGGGAAUCCAUUUCUUUGUGGAGCUCUGCUAGAGAAAAAUUGCAGCAGUGACAAUGAGCCAUCAGCAAGUUUGGGACAUAAAGCUGAUGGAAAAUGGUAUGAAGUUGAUGAGGUAGUCUUUUUUUCAAGCUUCUGUGGAUCAUUUAUCAUGUUCUUUUUGGGAGUCAUCAUUGUUCUCUAUGUCAAUCCUUACUGGCGACAAAAAUUAUGCUAUCCUAUGGAAGAAUUCAUGUUUUCAUGUUAUUACUUUUUGUAUGAUAUAUUAUUUUAAUCGAUGUACUCUUCUAGUCUUUUGUAUCAUCAAUGGUGAUUAGAUUUAUCGCUCUCUCUUCUUCUAAGGCUGACAACCUUACAUUGCCAUUUAUCUAAGUUU